AGGGGUAGAGAUGCAGAAAGGCAGAAAGAAGAAAAUUCAGGAGAACCCUCCUGAGGGGUGAGCCAAGCCCUGCCAUGUAGUGCACGCAGGACAUCAACACACACAGAUAACAGGAAAUGACCCAUUCCCUGUGGUCACUUAUUCUAAAGGCCCCAACCUUCAAAGUUCAAGUAGUGAUAUGGAUGACUCCACAGAAAGGGAGCAGUCACGCCUUACUUCUUGCCUUAAGAAAAGAGAAGAAAUGAAACUGAAGGAGUGUAUUUCCAUCCUCCCACAGAAGGAAAGCCCCUCUGUCCGAUCCUCCAAAGACGGAAAGCUUCUGGCUGCAACCUUGCUGCUGGCACUGCUGUCCUGCUGCCUCACGGUGGUGUCUUUCUACCAAGUGGCCGCCCUGCAAGGGGAUCUGGCCAGCCUCCGGGCAAAGCUGCAGGGCCAGCACUCAGAGCAGCUGCCAGCAGGGGCAGGAGCCCCCAAGGCCACCCUGGAGGAAGCUCCAGCUGUCACCGCGAGACUGAAAAUCUUCGAAGCACCAGUUCCAGGAGAAGGCAACCCCAGUGAGAGCAGCAGGAAGAAGCGUGCCGUUCAGGAUCCAGAGGAAACAGUCACUCAAGACUGCUUGCAACUGAUUGCAGACAGUGAAACACCAACUAUACAAAAAGGAUCUUACACAUUUAUUCCAUGGCUUCUCAGCUUUAAAAGGGGAAGUGCCCUAGAAGAAAAAGAGAAUAAAAUAUUGGUCAAAGAAACUGGUUACUUUUUUAUAUAUGGUCAGGUUUUAUACACUGAUAAGAUCUAUUCCAUGGGACAUCUAAUUCAGAGGAAAAAAGUCCGUGUCUUUGGGGAUGAAUUGAGUCUGGUGACUUUGUUUCGAUGUAUUCAAAAUAUGCCUGAAACACAACCCAAUAAUUCCUGCUAUUCAGCUGGCAUAGCAAAACUAGAAGAAGGUGAUGAACUCCAACUUGCAAUACCACGGGAAAAUGCACAAAUAUUACUGGAUGGAGAUGCCACAUUUUUUGGUGCAUUCAAACUGCUGUGACCUACUUAUGCCAUGUCUGCAGCUAUUUUCCUCCCUUUCUCUGUACCUCUAAGAGGAAAGAAUCUAACUGGAAAUACCAAAAA